UAACCAAUCGUUUAGUUAACCAUCGACUGCACACCGGCGCGUACCGAUCGCCUCUCGCGCGUUUGCGUUCGCUGUUUAACGUUUGUUGCACUCUCAAGCGCGCACACACAUUUGGAGUGUUUAUGUGCUAUUAUUUUUAUAAAUAUAUAUUAUAAUACCGCGUACACUCGAGUGACAUAUAUUUUAUUGUGAUUUUUUUAUUUUUUUUUUUUACCUCAAUUUUUUGAGCUCGCGACCGUUUUAAUAUUUUUUUUUAUUUACCGCGCACGUCGUCCACGGCAAUCGUAUACCUCUGUAAAAAAAAAAAAUCCGCGAUAGUCAUAUACCACUAUCACGACGGCGACGCUCAUCAGCGGUACGGUGCAGUCUUCCGGUCGUAGCAGUACUUCUUUGCUACAGCAGUGGCCGGCCGGGCUAGCAGCUGCAGUGGCCACCGGCGGUGACAUCAUCGGUAAGACAAGGACGACGACGACGACCAACACGGCGAUGACCGUGCACGAACUCACAGCCGCUUCGGCGGCCGGCACCAUGCCCAUGCAUCAUCUCGGCAGAUCUCGGUUCAUGAUCACGGACAUCCUGUCCGACAACGGUCGCAAUAACGGAAGCGGUUCGCCCGUGUCGCCCGCUUCGUCCACGGACGGGCCGCGCGACCUGUCCCUUCACGGACGCGCGUCCUCCGGCAGCAACGGCGGAGGUGGCGGUCAGGGAGCAGGACCCGCCGGCGUCGACGGAGGACCGGCCGACUCGGACCUUAGCGAUGAUCACGAGAGCGGCACCGAUAGCGGAUUGCCGGGUGACAACUCGUCCGUUUGCUCGAACGGUCACAGAGACGACGAUGGCCGGAAUUCUGGUUCAAAUCUCAGCAAGAAACAGAGAAAAGCGAGGACUGCGUUCACAGACCACCAGUUGCAAACACUCGAAAAGAGUUUUGAGAGGCAAAAGUACCUGAGCGUCCAGGACCGCAUGGAAUUAGCGGCCAAGCUCAAUCUGUCCGACACACAAGUCAAGACCUGGUAUCAGAACAGGAGAACCAAAUGGAAACGUCAGACGGCAGUAGGCCUGGAACUGUUAGCCGAGGCGGGCAACUACGCGGCGUUCCAACGGCUGUACGGCGGGCCGCCGUACGGAUGCUGGCCAUAUCCAGCCGGUGCGGCGGGAGCUGCGGGCGGCGUAUCCGGCGGGGGCGGUGUCUCGGGCGCGGGCGGCGCACCGUCGGCCGCCGACCUGUAUUACCGUCAGGCAGCCGUGGCCGCGGCCGCCGUGUCGACACUCCAAAAGCCGCUGGCCUACAGGCUGUACCCAGGCAUGGCGGGCGGACCGGGUGCCGCGGGCUCUGGCGCCGGCGCGUCCGGCCACCAUCACCAUCAUCACCACAUACCGCCGCCGCCCGUGCCGCUCGCCCAUCCGAUGUACUACGGAGGCGUCCACCAUCCGGCCACCAUGCCGCCGAUGCCCGGCCGCAGUCCCACUCCCGAACCACCGGGCCGAUCGUCCCGGGACUCUCCCAGAUCGACGGUGGACAGCCGGCCGGGUUCGGUGGACGUCGAAGACGACGGGUCCGACUCGCCCAACGUGGACGUUUAAGCGACGACCGCGGCGCGCUGGCCCACUGCGUGCCAUAUAACGACCAUCAUCGCACCGUGCACGUGACAUUCGCCAAAAUUAUAUGGUCUGUCGCUAUCGUUGUCGUGUUUAAAAGUGCAGUUGCAGUGUAUUUAUCUACAAUGAGAUGACACUGUAAAAUGCAUACUCGAACACAUAUACACCCACCUAGUCGUCGUUUAAUUUUUAUUAUUAUAUUAUUUUUAUUAUUAUUAUUAUUAUUAUUUGUAUAUGUAUAGUAUUAUAUUUGCGUUCCAUAUAUACCGACUCUGACGCGAAAAAUGUGUUUUUUACUCAUUUUCUUCUUAAUGCGAGAAAUUAUAUUAUUACUACGACAGACUUCAUUACUUUUAAUAUUAUAUUAUACAAUUUUCAAAAACCUUAUACGCAGAAAACAUACUUAUAUAAUAUGUAUAUUAUACCCCCUCAAAGUACAAAUAUUUAAUUUUUAAUUUAUUCGUAGUGAAACCGUACAACACGUUUUUCAGUGGAAAAGAAUAUCCGAAUUUGUUCGUUAACACACGCGUAUAUAGGUAUACUUGUUAUUAUUAUUACCAUUAUAUCUUACCGAAGAUUUUGUUAUGCGUUUGUUCAAAUUUUUUUUUUAUUAUUAUUAUUUCUUUUUAUUUCAAUUAAACCAUGUCGGUAAGUUAGAGACUUUAACGUUCGUCAACCGUACGAUAACUCAUUAGAGAAACAAUAUACAAUUUUAAUACGUGGGUACUAUACAUAAUAUUAUCUUGUCUAUUAACAUACGUGUAUAUUGUAUAUUUGUUCGUCUAUAUACUUUUGAUGUAGGUACGUUUUUAAUAAUUUUGCUUACCACGAUUGUUUAUUAUCGAUAUUAUAUUAUUAUUAUUAUUACUGUAAAUAUUACUUAUAUAUUACGAUAACAAUUAGAUACCGAUAUUGUAUAUAUAUAUAGAUACAGUGUAAGUGAUAAGUAUCAAUAAUUUAUUUCGUAUAAAUAUGAUGAUGUAGUGAGUAAGUAAGUGAAUAAGUAUGAAUAAAUAAUUAUAUUAUACGAAGUCGUGCAAUGUAAUAAAACUAAUUAGAUUAUAUGUUAUACGUAUAUUCUACCAUAAUAUAUAUAUUAUAUAUAGACAUUUUAUUAGUUAUAAUCAUAAUAUAUAAUUGUAUGUACCUCAAUUUUGUCGUCAGGCUUGGUAUAACUGUAUAUGUAUUAUGUACGUCUUAAAAUAUGUGUAUUGAUAUACGCGAUAUUUUUCAUGUAAUCGUCAAGUGUAGAGAACAUGAUCGUGCCAAAACAAAAAAAAAAAAAAAUAGUGUACGCGAUUAAAAAACAAAUGAACAUUAUAUAUAGGAAAAAAUACCAAGACGCUUCGUUUUAUAUAAUAUAUGAUACACAAUAAUAUUAUUAUAUACCUAACAUUUAGGAAUCAUAUAUAUAUAAUUAUGUUGUAAACAAUAUUUAUAUACAUAUAUUAUAAUUAUACAUAUAUAAACGCUAAAGUACACGAUCGCGAAUCGUUGUACGAUGUUUUUCCGUGUAAAUAAUAUCAUUCUUGUUACGUGUAAAAAUAUGAAAAAUAAAUUAACAUUAUUGUUUAGAGUUUAA